GCGGGACGGGACGGGUGAGGGGGGGGACGCCACGGCCCCAGCACUGGGACGGCUCAGCGAGCGGCCGGCACCGUGGGACUCAUACCCAGGCUGGCAAGGAGCAGGUGCCGAGGUGCUGGGCGGGCUUGGGGUCGCAGCAGAGCAUGGGGUGUGAGUGCCACGCUGCAUUGGGCGCUCGGUGAGCAGCGGCUGGGCAAGCAGGAACCCGACCCCCGGCCUAAAUAUAGCCCCUUGCUUGCCCACAGCACUUCGACCUUCUGGGCUGCAGGCUGUGGGGGGAGACGCUGAACUAGACAGCAUCAGGACCGGGGGGCUGCUACUGCCCCGGUGCCCCUGGCAGGCACCCAACACCCCCAGACUGCAGGCAGGGGGAGAAGAGGGGCACAACGUGCUGGUUUGGGGUGACAGGAGUCACGGGUGGGAGGGAGGGAGCUGCAGACCAUGCACCGAGCACAGGGACGUGGUGGCACGAGUAGGGAUGGUGGAGAGCCCCGUGCAGCCCCGCCGAGCCCCGGCAUCCCCCCAAAGCGUGCCAAGGUCACAGUGGAACCGGGAGUGCCCGAGGAGGGCCCGGUUCGCCUGGCGGCACCGUGUUUUGUGCGGAAACUGAAGAACGCUGCAAUCGGCACUGGCUGUGACAUCCGGCUGCGGGUGGUGGUGGUGGGCAACCCCCGGCCCAGCCUCCGCUGGUACCGAAACCAAGAGCAGCUGCCCCAGGGUGGGGAGGAGUAUGGCACCCUCUGGAUCCGAGACAGCAAGAAGGAGGAUGCCGGCGUGUACACAUGUGUCGCUGAAAAUGAGCGGGGAGAAGCCAUGACCAGUGCUGUGCUGGCCAUCAUUGACAUGGAAGACUCGGAGACAGGCGAGGAUGAAUCCAGCGACCCCCAGGUGACGCAGCGCAGCAAUCUCCAGGAUGAGACGGCCUUCAGCACCCCCACGGGUGGGUCUGACACCCUCGUGGACGCCUCCAUGAACACGACGCCAACCUCAGUGCUGGCCCUGUCACAGGCAGAGGAGCGCUCCAGCUGGUCCGGCAGCCAGCAGACCGUGGUGGAGAAGGAGACAGAUGCCAGCCUCCCCUCACGGGGACCCUACCUCCGCCCCGCUGCCUGGCCGCAGCCACAGGGAACCCCAAGGCAAGCAAACACACCGGCCCCACGUGGCGCCGAGGUCCGGCACCUGGGCGUGGAGCCGCUAGUGCGGGCAUCACGGGCUAAUCUGGUGGGCACAAGCUGGGGGUCGGAGGAUAGCCUUUCAGUGGCCAGCGACCCCUACGGCAGCGCCUUCAGCCUGUACCGAGGACGGGCGCUCUCGCUCCACGUCAGCAUCCCCCAGGGGGGCUACCGGAGGGAUGACUUCCACAGAGGCCCCGUCUCUCCGAAGCCUGGGGCAGAGCCCCCGAGAUCCCCCGCUGCCCUGCCACUGACUGCCAAGCCACCCAUUGUCCGCUCACCAUCUCCCCGUGCUGGCACGUGCCUGCCACCGCCCACUGGUGCAGCAUCCCAGCCUGCUGCCCGUGGCCCUGGCGUCCCCUCCUUCACACCCGUGACCCCUCGGAAGAAGUCCUCAGUGCCAGUUGAGUACCAGGACGUUGUCCCUGAGGAGUACGAGGAGAAGAUCAAGAGGCCCAAGUCCUCUGGGUACUCACAGGGCAGCACACAAGAGUCCCGUCCCCAGACACCAAUGAGUGACACAUCUGGCCGCAUCUCUGUCCGGGCAUCCCCCAAGCUGGUGCGUGCUGGCUCCAGGAUCUUUGAGAGGCUGCAGUACUUUGAGGAGCGGCAGAGGAGCCUGGAGCAGGCUGACAGCCCCUUCCCCCCACACUCCAGCCUGCCCUUGCGCAAGACGCGCUCAUUUGACCAGCCUGGCUCUGGUUUGCGCCGUGCCAGCACGCCGGGUGGCUCACGGGAGGACCUGCGGGAAGGCGGCCACUGGGAGCCGGGCAGCACGGCAGCGUGCCGGCGUUUGGCCUUCCGGCAGAAAGCUGCAUCCUUUGACGAGCGGGGCAAGUUCGCCAACCGUGUCUAUGCCAUCGAGCACAAGUUUGCAGAGGAGCUGACCCGCAUCAAACGGACGGUCUCCAAGCAGCAGCUGCGGCGCUCCCAGGAGCUGUGCAAAGCCGGAUUGCCCCCGGCACCCUCACCCCCAGCAGCCAGCGAGCCCCCUGGCCCCCGUACCCCUCGCACCCCCUCCACUCAGGGCGCUGGCGGACGCAAGACACUGCCACCAAAGACCUGCCCACCAGCAGAGAGCACGCACGUCAUCCAGCACCUGGCACUUUCCAGCGUGGUGCUGGUGGGACCCGACGGGGAGCCAGAGACAGGGGGACAGCGGGGGAGGAGAGCCCCAGCGAUGGGUGGUGGGGUGGCUGGACAGCCCAGCUCAGCGGAGGAUGCGGCUGCCAGGAAGGGUCUGCAGCAAGAAGGCACUGGGGAAGUGAAGAAGAAGGAGCAGUGGCCAUUAGCACAAGCCACCCCGCAGGGAAGGAUGUCCCUUUCGCAGGCAGGUCCCACUGAAGGCAGCCCAUGCCCAGAUGGAGGCCCCACCAGUGGAGCCCGUGGCCCCAGGGCAGUGAGCGAAGCUCUGGCUGCCCGACUGGCUGUGCCCCAUGGACUGUAUCGGCGGCCGGAGACACCCACGGAGGUGCGAUUCCUGCCCUGGGCGAAACCAGGGAUGGAGCAGGAGGCUCGUCUGGAGAGAAGCUUGGCAGGACAGCAUGGUGUGGGCAGGGACGUGGAGAGAAGGCAGAUGAAAGUGUCAGAGAAGAAAGAGAGUGGCCGGAUGGCUCAAGAAGGCAGGAGCACACGGAGCAAGGGGAAGGGACGCCGAGCCAGGCCCACCUCUCCAGAGCUAGAGUCCUCAGACGACUCCUACGUCUCAGCGGGUGAAGACCCCCUGGAAGCCCCCAUCUUUGAGAUCCCCAUCCAGGACAUGGCAGUGGUCGUGGGGGCAGAGGUGCUGCUCAAGUGCAUUGUCACGGCCAACCCCCAGCCAGAAGUGUCCUGGAGGAAGGACGGGGUUCCGCUGCGAAGCAGCACCACGCGCCCCAUCAAGGCGGAGGGCGAGCGCCACACGCUGCUGGUGCGGAGCGCCCGGGUGGCCGACGCCGGGCUGUACACUGUCACCGCGACCAACGAGGUGGGGGCCACCUGCUGCAGUGCCAUCCUCAGCGUGCGGCCCGCCCCCGUCGUGGAGCGGCAUGGAAACUUGCCCCCCACCCUCGGCCAGGCCAGCCCCAUUACAUCGGAUGAGGAGUACCUGAGCCCCCUGGAAGAGUUCCCCGAGUCCGGAACCCCCCAGCACCAACCAGCCAUGAAGCUGCAGCCAAGAGCUGAGCAUGGGGCUGCCCACACCUCCCCAGAGACCACCUACAAGGCUGCACCCUCCUUUGAGGUAUCCCUGUCAGACCAGUCAGUGCUAGAGGGACAGGAUGUCAGCAUGAGUGUCCGUGUCCAUGGGGAGCCCAAGCCAAUCAUUUACUGGCUGAGGAACCGGCAGCCAGUGAAGUAUGGCCGCCGGCACCAUGCGGAGGAGGCAGAGGGAGUGCGGGGGCUCUUCACGCUGCACAUCCUGGCAGCAGAGCAUACUGACACCGGCUUCUACACCUGCAAGGCUGUCAACGAGUAUGGCACCAAGCAGUGCGAGGCCAAGCUGGAGGUCAGAGCUCGCCCCGAGUGCCAGUCCCUGGCCAUCGUGGUUCCCCUGCAGGACUUGGUGGUCGGGGCGGGGGAGAUGGCGGUCUUUGAGUGCUUGGUGGCCGGCCCACCAGACAUGGAUGUGGACUGGCUGUCCCGGGGCCGGCUGCUCCAGCCUGCCCUGCUCAAAUGCAAGAUGCAUUUUGACGGGCACAAGUGCAAGCUGCUUCUCACCUCCGUGCACGAGGACGACAGUGGAAUCUACACCUGCAAGCUCAGCACUGCCAAAGAUGAGCUGACCUGCAGCGCCCGGCUGACAGUGCAGCCCUCUGUGCAGCCACUCUUCACCCGCAAGCUGGAGAACGUGGACGUGGUGGAAGGGAGGACAGCUCGUUUUGACUGCAUGAUCAGUGGGACUCCCCCCCCGACGGUCACUUGGACCCACUUUGGCCUGCCAGUGCAGGAGGGGGAGAACGUGCGGAUACAGCAGGAUGGAGGGCUGCACUCACUGGUCAUUGUGCAUGUGGGCAGCGAAGAUGAGGGGCAGUACAGGGCGACUGCCAGGAACAUCCAUGGCCAUGUGGAGUGCUCUGCCGAGCUCUAUGUGGAGGAGCCACGGCCAUCUGCUGCCUCCCAGAUCUCCAAGCUGGAGAAGAUGCCAUCCAUCCCGGAGGAGCCAGAACAGGUGGAGACAGAGACAGAGUGCUUCACCAUGCCUGAUUUCCUGAAGCCACUGCACAACCUGGAUGUGGUGGAGUCGAAGGAGGCUGUGCUAGAGUGCCAGGUGGCCGGGAUGCCCUACCCCUCCAUCACCUGGUACCACAAUGGCUCCCGCAUUGACAGCACCGAUGACCGCAAGAUGAUGCAGUAUAAGGACAUCCAUCGCCUGGUGUUCACAGCUGUCAGCCAUGCACAUGCUGGUGUCUAUAAAAGCGUCAUCGCCAACAAAGUGGGGAAGGCCACGUGCUAUGCACACCUCUAUGUCACUGAUGUGGUGCCAACCCCCCCAGAUGGGCCCCCCACCUUGGCCUCAGUGACUGGUAGAGUCAUCACUCUGACCUGGAACAAACCCAAGUGGCUGGACACUGCCAUAGACCCCAACUCAGUGACCUACAUAGUGCAAAUGCAAGUGCUGGGCACAAUGCAGUGGGUGGUGCUGGUGACCGGCGUGCAGGAGACCACCUACACAGUGCAUGGGCUGACCAAGGGUGCCCAGUACCUCUUCCGUGUCAUCACCGCCACCCCCAAGACCAGCAGCAAGCCAUCCCCGCCUGUGGGGCCUGUGCAGCUCCUGGACCGGGGUCCCUACCUGGAGGAGGCACCGGUCAUCCUGGACAAGCCUGACGUUGUGUAUGUAGUGGAGGGCCAGCCAGCCUCUGUUACCAUCACCAUCAACCAUGUGGAGGCCACUGCCACCUGGAAGAGGGGUGGGCAGGUGCUGGGAGAGCUGGAAGGCACAUGCGAAGUGACAAUGCCGGAUGACGACCAGCACUGCCUGCGGCUGCUGCAUGUGGGCCGAGGGGCUGCAGGGCUGCUGACCUGCGAGGUGAGCAACCGUCACGGCACUGCCCGCUGCACCCUCCGCCUCCACCUUGCAGAGGCACCACGCUUUGAGACCAUCAUGGAGGACAUCGAUGUCCAAGAAGGGGAGACACCGCGCUUCGCUGUGGUGGUGGAGGGAAAACCGCUGCCGGACAUCAUGUGGUACAAGGAUGGGGAGCUGCUGGAGGAAAGCAGCCACUUGAGCUUCGUAUAUGAGGACAACGAGUGCUCGCUGGUGGUGCUGGGUGCUGCCGAACCUGACAGUGGUGUCUACACCUGCACGGCCAAGAACCUGGCUGGGGAGGUCUCCUGCAAGGCAGAGCUGGUGGUGCAGGCAGUCCAGCCCAGUACUGAUGCUGCCAUGGAGGAGGAUGCACUGCACAAGGCACAACGACUGACUGACUACUACGAUGUGCACGAGGAGAUUGGAAGGGGGGCUUUCUCCUAUCUGCGGAGGGUGACAGAGAAGAGCAGCCGGCUGGACUUUGCCGCCAAGUUCAUCCCUGGGAGGACCAAGGCCAAGCAGUCAGCGCGGCGGGAGCUGCACAUUCUCUCGCAGCUGGACCACGAGCGCAUCGUCUUCUUCCAUGAUGCCUUUGAGAAGAAGAAUGCAGUCAUAAUAGUCAUGGAGCUUUGUGCUGAGGAAGAGCUGCUGGACAGGAUGGUGAGGAAGCCCUCGGUCUGUGAGUCAGAGGUUCGGUCUUACAUGCGGCAGGUCCUGGAAGGGAUCUGCUACCUGCACCAGCACAGCGUCCUGCACCUGGAUAUCAAACCAGAAAACCUCCUGAUGGCAGAUUUGAGCAGCGAGCAGGUCCGGAUCUGCGACUUCGGCAAUGCACAGGAACUGACGCCUGAGGAGCCACAGUACUGCAAGUAUGGCACCCCCGAGUUUGUGGGUCCUGAGAUCGUCAACCAGACCCCUGUCUCCAGCGUCACUGACAUCUGGCCUGUGGGGGUCAUCGCAUACCUCUGCCUGACAGGGAUCUCCCCUUUUGUGGGAGAGAACGACAAGACAACGCUGAUGAACAUCCGCAACUACAAUGUGGCCUUUGAGGAGAGGAUGUUCCAGGGGCUCACCCGGGAAGCCAAGGGCUUCGUCAUCAAAGUGCUGGUCAACGACAGGCUGAGACCCAAUGCAGAGCAGACCCUGGAGCAUCCCUGGUUUAAGACGCUGGCCAAGGGGAAGGUCAUCAGCACCGACCACCUCAAGCUCUUCCUCUCCCGUCGGAAAUGGCAGCGCUCACAGAUCAGCUACAAGUGCAACAUGGUGCUGCGGCCGAUCCCAGAGCUGCUCGAGGACACGUCCAACCACCUCUCCAUCGCUGUGCCCCGGCACCUCAAGGAGUCACCAGCACUGUCAUCCUCCUCAGACUCAGAUGACCUGGAUGAGCUGCCCUUCAUUCCCAUGCCACACCAGGUGGAAUUCUCUGGCUCCCGCAUGUCGCUCAAUGAGAUACCCACGGAUGAUGAGACCAUUGGGCCAUCUGAGGGGCUGCAACCGGAGGGAGAGGUCUCCGCCAUGGAGUGGCAGAGCCAGGGCACAGGGAAGCCCGGAGUGUUCCUGGGGAAGCGGCCGAGGGGUGCUGGGCCACGGCGACCGUGUGCAGAGGUGGAGGCGCCUGGCUCCUCUGAUGAAGAAGCCCCUGAAGCCCAGAAGAGGCCCGAGUACCCUCGCAAAGCCAUGAGGAAGGGUUCCAGUCUGGAGUCCCCAGGGAGUGCCCGUCGGGGAGAGCUGAAGAGAGGCGGAUCUGCUGAUAGCGCCCUACUGCUCCAACAGUCCUCUGGGACUGAGGAAGGGGCUGGAGUGGUGCGGGAUUCCCGCCGGGCCCUGGCCAAGGCAGCCUCCAUGGAGCUGCCUCGCCGGAAGGUGACCUGGGGGGAGGACGAUCAUGCCCAGCGCCUAGAGCUGAUGCGCCAGCGACUGCUGCGGGGCAGCUCUGGGGACAGCAAGGUCAGUGGCCUGCGGGGUCCCCUCCUGGAGACCCUGGGGGUUGGCCCUGACAAAAAAGUCCCGCGGCCAGGCCGGUUGGAGGCACCAGCAGUGCCAAGGCUGGUGCGGGCAGCCUCCAGCGAGGCCACCUCACCGCGCCUCCUCCCCUCUGAGUUCCGGCUGCAGAAGAGCAGCUCUUUCAGCCACGGGGAUGCCGAGCCUGUCGUCCGGCACCGACGCUCUGGUGCACCCCUGGAGAUCCCAGUGGCCUGUCUAGAGGCCCAGCAGCUCAAGGAGUCCCCCUCACUCUCGGCCCUCUCUGAUGCUCGGCCCACAGUGACGUCAGACACUCCAAGCCCACCAACACCCCCUGCGGCAGAGACCACUGUCCCCCAGGCUCCCCCUGCCAAGGCCGGCUCUGGAAGGAGACACAUCCCUGAGGAACACAGCCAGCCUGGGGCCAGCAUGGCUGCUACCACCACGGGGAAGAAGCCCAUGGACAGGGAGCAGGAGAAGUCAUCCACAAAGGCUGUUGGACCCAGUGGGGAGGGGGCUGCCAAGACGGGAGCACCCAUCCCACCACAGACCCCUGCCCCUGGCCCCCAAACCCAUAUAAAGUCUUCCUACGCCAAGAUGAUGCAAGCCAUGGGAGCCACGCAAAUUGGGGAACCGGCCACUGAGGAGCCCCCACCAACCACCAAGGAGCCCCCACCAACCAUCAAGGAGACUCCAUCAACCAUCAAGGAGACCCCACCAGCCAGCCCUGCAAAGCCGCCUACACCAGCACCGGUAUUGAGGAGGGAGGUGAAGCCCACCAGCUCCUCCAGCUCCCUGAUCAUCCAGGACAUCGACUCGGAGGAGGUCUUUGAGGCCAAGUUCAAGAGGGGCCGAGAAUCAUCCCUCACCCGGGGUCUAAAGCUCCUCACCCGUUCCCGCUCUGAGGACCGGCACCUGGCCAGCCCCCCAGUCUCUGAUGAGGGCAUCUACCGUCCCACACCAGCUGGUGUGCCCCUGGAACUGCGGAGGGACCGGCCUAUCGGGCUGGCAGCCAAGUCCAAGUCAGUGCAGGACCUGCAUGAGGUGGAGAAGGAUAGGGGCUUCUUCCGGAGGAUGUCCGUUCUCCUCAAGCGGACCCCACCUGCUGAGAGGAAGAAGAGCGUGGGGGAGGACGGAGGCAGUGAGACCCCAUCCAGUGGGCGCCGUUUCUCUUGGAGCAUGGCCAUGGCCAGCUCCAAGGAGCGGAGGGACUCAGAGAGCCUCAAGUCAGAGCUGGGGGGUGGUGGGGAGAGUGAGUCACCAGUGGUGGCUGUGCGGAGGAAGAUCAGUGCCACAGUGGAGCGGGUCUCUGCGCGGCUGCGCAGCGUGUCAGAUGAGCGGCCAGAGGGCGAGGGGCCCCAGGAGCUCCGUCGAACCAGCUCUGAGGGUGAGAGCUUGAGACCAGGGCCUCCCCCAGCACCCGCACCCUCCUCUGAGUCCCUGCGCUCCGAGGGCAGCACGGGCUCCUCUGCCUCUGCCAAAGGUGGGGGUGACAGCCAGAAGAGGUCCCGCUGGGAGCGGUGGGGGCUCUCCCGGGGCAAGAAGGAGAAGAUGGCCUCGCAGCCCAGCAUCCCCUCCAGCCUUCUGCAGGAGGAGGCACUUGCCGCUGGCCGGCCACAUGUACCCAGUGAAUCAGACUUCCCCCCCAUUUUCCACAUCAAACUGAAGGACCAGGUGCUGCUGGAGGGCGAGGCACUGACCCUCUGCUGCCUGCCUGCUGGCAGCCCAACCCCCCGGAUCCUGUGGAUGAAAGACAAGAAGUCCCUGCAGCCAGACAGUGCGCUGAACGUUGUCUCCUGCAAGGACGGACGGCAGAUGCUCACCGUCACCAAGGUCUCCAGGAAGGACGCAGGGCUGUAUGAGUGUGCAGCCGCCAACAUAUUGGGCACGGCCAUCAGCUCCUGCACAGUGGCUGUGGCACGGCUCCCUGGGCGGCCAGGCACUCCAGAGAUUCCCCAGAAGUACAAGAACACAGUGUUGGUGCUGUGGAAGCCCGCGGAGAGCAAAGCCCCCUGCACCUACACGCUGGAGCGCAGGCUGGAUGGGGAGCACGUGUGGAAGAUUGUCAGCACCAGCAUUGUGGACUGCUACUUCAAUGUGACAGACCUGCCCCCUGGGAGCACUGCCAGGUUUCGGGUGGCCUGUGUCAACAAGGCCGGGCAGGGACCCUACAGCACCCCCUCAGCAAAGGUGCAUCUCGAGGUGGCAGAUGCCCGAGCUGCUCCAGUCAAGGAUGUUGCUGUCCCUGUCCCCGUCCCUGUUCCUGAGAAGGUGGCUUCCAGCCGGUCAAUCCAGACACCUGUGGAGCAGCUGGAGCCACUGACAGCAGGGGCUCCCCCCACCACACCACCACGCAAGCACAAGGGAGUGGUACAGAAGGCAGCUGGGGCUGCACAGGAGGGUGUCCCCCCAGGGGUCUCCCCAUCCUCUGCUCCCCAUGAGGAGGGUCAUCCGCCAGACCCUGAGCUUCCACCUAACAUCACUGUCUGUGUUCCCCCUGAACUGAUGUUCACCCCUCCUCAGACUGUUGCCUCUCCCCACACAGACACCCCCAUCCAGGGGUCCCCUGAACCCCCCACGGACACUUCCCCCCUGUCCCAGGCUCUGUCACCUUCCAAGUCCCCCCCUGCUUCCCCAGUGUCAACCACCCCCAGUCCAGCCCCUACACCAUCUUCCACGCCCAACACUGCACCUGCACGGAAGAUGCCUCCCUACAUGGUCACCUCCUUUGUCUCCAUGCCCCCCUCAUCACCCCCUAUGCCAGAGCCCACCACCACCAUCACCCCAUCCUCCAAGGAGCCCCCAGCUGAGAGUGGGGUCCCAGGGGCAAAAGAUGGCUCGGCGCUGCGGCAGGGUGUCCCCCAGAAGCCAUACACCUUCUUGGAUGAGAAGGCAAGGGGCCGUUUCGGGGUGAUUCGGCUGUGCAAGGAGAAUGCCACAGGGAAGCACUUCAUGGCCAAGAUCGUGCCCUAUGAGGCAGAGCGGAAACAGAGUGUGCUGCAGGAGUACGAAGUCCUCAAGGCACUGCACCAUGAGCGCAUCAUGGCCCUGCACGAGGCAUACAUCACCCCUCGCUACCUGGUGCUCAUCUGUGAGAACUGUGCCGGCAAGGAGAUCCUCUACAGCAUCGUGGACAGGUUUCGCUACUCAGAGGAUGACGUGGUGAGCUACAUACUGCAGCUCCUACAGGGUCUCGAGUACCUGCAUGGCCGCCGCAUCGUGCACCUUGACAUCAAGCCGGACAACAUCAUCGUCUCGGGCACGAAUGCCCUCAAGAUCAUUGAUUUUGGCAGUGCCCAGACCUACAAUCCUCUUGUGCUGCGGCAGCUGGGGCGACGUGCUGGCACCCUGGAGUACAUGUCGCCAGAGGUGGUGAAGGGGGACCCGGUGGGCUCCGCAGCAGACGUCUGGGGUGUUGGAGUCCUCACUUACAUCAUGCUCAGUGGGCGGUCACCAUUCUUCGAACUGGACCCCAUCGAGACGGAGAACCGCAUACUGGCAGGGCGCUUUGAUGCCUUCAGGCUGUACCCAAAUGUCUCACAGACUGCUGCCCUCUUUAUCCGCAAGGUCCUCACUGUCCACCCCUGGAGCCGCCCCACGGUGAAGGACUGCUUUGCCAAUGCCUGGCUUCAGGAUGCCUACCUGAUGAAGCUGCGUCGCCAGACCCUGACCUUCACCACCAACCGCCUCAAGGAAUUUCUGGUGGAUCACCAGCGGCGCCGUGGUGAGGCUGUCACCAAGCACAAGGUCUUACUCCGCUCCUACCAGGGCGGACAGCCACCAGGGCCACAGUAGCUGGUGCCUCGGCCACGGCCAUGAGGGGCCGAGGAGCCAGAGGAACAUUCCAUGGGCCGCAGUACAGGGCGGCUGAGGAGGAGCCAGGACACGCUGGGAUGAGUCCAUGGACCUCAUGUGCUGCUGCCAGGGACAGUGGUGACCAGCAUCAUUUUGGCAGUGCCGAUGGAGAGGAGGUGCUGCCCCAGCCAGACCAGCAGUGGGGUCCGGCAGUGGAGAGGUGGUUGGAAGCCUUGCUGCAAGGAACAGAGAAUGUGGCAGAGGGUCGGGAGAAGAAUGGGAUGCAGACAGUGGGGCAAGGGAAGCCCCAGGUGGGAGGGGGAGAGCUGCCAGCAUGUCGGCCAGCCCUGGCCAUGCGGGUCCCAUCAGCCGUGUGCCUUACACCGCAGCCUGCAGCUGCCCCCGGCCACGGUGUGCGGGUCCCUGUGCUCCCCCUGGUUUGCACACCAGCACCCAAGGACUGAGAUUGCUCCUGUGGUUCCUGCAGAGAGGGGCCUGCUCACGCCUCCCUGCCAGCCUGCACAGCUCCAGUCCUUACAGCUGGUCCUGGCAAGUAGGUUUGUGGCCCCAGGACCGAUGCCGGUGCCUUCCCCGGGGCUGUCAGCUGUGCCCCAUGCCAGGGCGGGGGACUGGCAGGCACCCCCUCUUCACAGGGGGGCACCCAGGUGCCACGCACACCUCCUGUGUCUGCUCAGGCCCAUGCUGCUCGUGCUCUGCCUGCCCAGCUCCAGACCUUGCCCUGUGCCCCACUGCCAGCCUGCCCACCUAUCCCCAGACUCUUCACCCCUCCCAUCUGAUCCUGAGUGCCUUGCCGAGCCCUGUGUCCCCUCCUCACCCCUCCUCAGCUGGUGGCAAGAUGCUCCAGCAUGGCCUGGGUGCUCUGAGCAGGUGGACAGGGGCAGUGGUUGGGCACUCCCCUUCCAGAUGCUGCUGUAGUGAUAGGGCUUUAUUUAUUGACUUUGGGGAGAAGACGCCUGCCCGUUCCCAUCCCCAUCCCUGUCCCCUCCUCUCUGCCGGGCUCUGGAGUUGCCAAUGUCCCCGUGGUUUGGAGCAAGCAAUGUGUCAGAGCAGCAAUAAAGACCCUGAGCAGCUC